GCAGCUCAGCAGACGCAGGCAGCGAGCGGCCGGGCGGGGAGAGAACGUCAAGCAGUCCAACACGCUCCAACAGCAGCCGGACUCCCGAGCGAGCCAGCGCGGCCACCACCAUGGAGCAGCGAGGGGGGCGAUGACAGGAGACGACGACGAGGCUGCCGUUCACCUGCUUCCGUCUCCCGUCGGCCAUUGAUUAUGCUCUCGGUGCUCAGGUGUCGGCGUCCGGCUCGCUGAAUGGCGCUGGUGACCGUACAGCGUUCCCCGACCCCCAGCGCCACCUCCAGCCCCUGCGUGUCGGAGUCUGGCAGCGGGGAGGAUGAUCGACGCUCUCAACCUCGCAGCAUCAGUGAAAGUUUCCUGACCGUGAAAGGGGCGGCGCUUUUCUUGCCUCGGGGAAAUGGCUCCUCGUCCUCUUGCGGAUCCCGCUUCUCGCAGCUGCGUAGCAAACAUGCAGGAGACAUCCAGCAGCAUCUCCAGACCAUGUUUACGGUCCUCAGACCAGAGGACAACAUCAAACUGGCGGUGCGACUGGAGAGCGUUCAUGCUCUGACGCGCUACAUGGUGGUGGUGUCCACCAAUGGGCGGCAGGACACAGAGGAGAGCCUGGUCCUCGGGGUGGACUUCAGUCCCGUGGAUAGCUCGUGUUCCGUGGGCUUGGUUCUUCCCCUGUGGAGCGACACCAUGAUCCAUCUGGACGGAGACGGAGGCUUCAGCGUGUCCACCGACGGCAGAGUGCACGUGUUCAAGCCCGUUUCCGUGCAGGCCAUGUGGUCGGCGCUUCAGUCGCUGCACAAAGCCUGCGAGGUGGCACGCUGCCACAACUACUUUCCGGGAAGCUUGUUCCUCACCUGGGUCAGUUACUACCAGAGCCGCGUCUCGUCCGACCAGUCCCGCAUCAAUGAAUGGAACGCCAUGCGGGACCUGCACUCGCACCGCGCAGACUCCCCCGUCCUCUUCUCCGAAACGCCCACCGAACGCGAAAUGACAGAGCGCCAGAUCAAGAGCAGUUUGAGGGAGAUCAUGAUGCAGAAAGACCUGGAGAACGUCACCUGUAAGGAGAUCCGCACGGAGCUGGAAAUGCACAUGACGUGCAACCUGCGCGAGUUCAAGGAGUACAUCGACAACGAGAUGAUCGUCAUUCUGGGGCAGAUGGACAGUCCCACGCAGAUCUUUGACCACGUCUUCUUGGGCUCUGAGUGGAACGCGUCCAAUUUGGAGGAGUUGCAGAGCAGCGGAGUCCACUACAUCCUGAAUGUGACGCGGGAGAUCGACAACUUCUUCCCGGGUGUCUUCGAGUACCACAACAUCCGCGUGUAUGACGAGGAAGCCACCGAUUUGUUGGCCUACUGGAACGACACCUUCAAGUUCAUCACCAGGGCCAAGAAGUCUGACACCAAGUGCCUGGUGCACUGCAAGAUGGGAGUCAGUCGCUCGGCGGCCACAGUCAUCGCCUACGCCAUGAAAGAGUACGGCUGGGAUCUAAGGAAGGCCUUCGACCACGUCAAGGAGCGCCGAGCCGUCACCAAACCCAACCCGUCCUUCAUGAGGCAGCUGGAGGAGUACCAGGGCAUCCUUCUGGCCAGCAAGCAGCGCCACAACAAGCUUUGGCGUUCCCACUCUGACAGCGACCUGUCCGAGCACCACGAGCCUUUGUGCACAGCCUUCACCCAAGCGCACAGCCCGGGCCGCUCGGACGACCAGGCCGCCACUCCUCCCGGACUCUCCGUCAAAGAACUGCUAGAGUCGUCGGGGACCGGCCCGGCGGUGCGAGGCGCCCGCCGGCCCGUCGUGCCGUCUCGUCCGUUCAGCUCGCCGCCGUGCGAUGGCGUGGCGGCGCCUGACGGGCCUGCGUCAUCAUCGUUCUCCAACGGUCUACGUGAGCCCAAAGAAGAGGAGCGGCAUCCGACCGUGUCACUCCUGCCGACAGCUGCCGCUGUGGUCCCUGAGCUGCCCCGCGCAGACGCCGUGACGGUGGCGCAGAGUAUCGCGCUGGGGCAAGCCCACCCGCCCGCGACCCUGCACCACUUGCCGGCCUCCCCCGACACGCCACCCCCGCUGUCCGUCUCGCCGCCUGAACCGGAGACCUCACAGCGGUGCGGUGGCUCCGCUCCACCGUCGCCUGUCUGGAAAUCGGAUUGCUCUAUCCCCGACGCUUCAGCUGGUGGUGCCCCCGCCGCUGGAGACACCCUCACCUGCGCCUUGUUUGGGCACAGCGACCACAUUAACUUCUUCAGUGCCAGGGAGAAGUUCAAAUGGAUGGCGAGAGACGAUGGCGGCACGCCGCGACAUUCCCCACCGCCUGCCGACGGCCUGGCAGGAGAUGAGUCCAGAAAAAAGAUGGCGACUCCCAUGCAGGUCAUCGGAUCAGAUCCGGCCAUGCAGUCGGAUUGGUCCAAGCUAGGCCAAUCGGAGACCGGGGGCCAGGAAGUCAGGAAGUCCAAGCUGGGAGUGGAGGUCGGAGAUGUUUGUUGUCCGAGCCCGAAGCAGGAAGUGAAGGGCGGACAGGAGGAGGAGGACGAUGACGACGACGACGACGACGACGACGAUGACGCUCGGCUCUACAGGAAUUGGACGCGAGGUUCGGUCCGCCGCGUGACACGACAGCUGGAGCGUCGGAUGAAGCGAGAAUGCCGCGCAGAUUGUCGUAGCACCUCGCCCUCCUCGUCCCCGCCCUCACACUCAGGAGGCCCCUCCCUCUCUCAGCAACUCGCUGCCUCACAGGCAAUCGCAGCCCCCGGAGGCAAACGCGCCGCGGGGAACGGUGACGGCGACUGGCUGUCCACCGUCAGCAUCCUGUGUCCGGAGACCACGUCGGGACCGGGCUGGGGUGGCGUCAUCUUGAGGGAGACUUGGGAAACUUUAUGCCAGCUCGGCGCCUUCUUGCAACAGGUGAGCGUAGGCGUGGCUCGAGCCAAUCGGAAGCGAGGAGGCGCGCAGAAGCGCGUCCGCGAGGCGCAGGCUCGCAUCCGCCGGGCCGGCCUCACGCCGCCCUCGCUGAUGAAGCGCUCGGCCUCGUUAGCCAAGUUGGGCUGCUUGGAGCUGCUCGCCGACGACCUCACCGAGUGGGAGCUGAGCCACGCCGCCACCGACUCGGACGCCGCGCCGCCGGCAGGCCCCUCCGCGGAGCUGCCCUCGCACGCAGGUGCCGAGGAUCUGAAAAAGCAGCGCGUCCACCACGCUUUCUCCUCAGCCCAACAAAUGCCCGGUGCCCCAUCCGAGGCGGACAGCCCGCACCGGCCUCGACAUUCCUUGUCCAGCCCGCCGCUCUUCACCUCCAGGCAGCAGUACGGAAGAAGUCACCCUGUCCGACGCCUCACGAAAAGCACACUCGGCACGCUCUACCACACCAUGUAGACGUGUUUCGCAGCACAACAACAGUGCCUCUUGCCUUAAGCGACGUGACCCAAGAGGACGUUUGAAGGUGAAACGAUCCCGACUGCGUUAAAGGUGAAAGCAGCGAUACAUUCCUCCUCCUUCCUCUUCUACUUGAUGUUUCAAGAUUGCAGCUGAUGUUUGCUGGAAUGUUUCUGACCCUUCCGCUGUUCUUCCACUUGCCUCAUGAAUGCAGCCAAUCAGUCAGGUCAUAUGGUUGUGCGUCAGGCCAAUCAGGAGUUUUUUUAUUAUUAUUUUGUAGCUUUCUCGAUGACUCGUACCUCAGUCGCGGUGAGCCGCACACCUGAAAUGUUCCGCCUCCCUCAUCAAGUGCUGAUGCCACACGUGUGUGCACAUGAUUAUUGCACUGGGAUGUCAUACGUGACUUUUUAAGUCUUUUUACAUUUUUUAAUACCUUAAAUUUGUGAGGUUGUGAAGCACAACUUUUUUUUCCAUUCUUUCUUACAUGUGUGCGUGCGUGUGGAGAGCAAAACCUCUGUAUGGUCUGUCAUACAAGCACUUUAUUAUUUUAUUUUUUUUAUUUCGCUUUAGUUUCAUGUGUUAUGAGGUUGCUACUUGCUGGGUCAUGUGACAGUAGGAAGAGCUAGUGAGUGAAAUUCAUUUUUAAUUUAAAGCUAUCAAUGUUCUUUUAUAUCAUGUCCUUCUACUGUGAACAUUAAAUUGUUAAAAUGGA